AUGUUUAACCACGCUUCGCAGAGAAAAGAGGCAGCGGAAGUCUCCAAAAGGCUCAAUGAGGCGUGGGAACUUCGAUUAAUGGGCGAAGCUCAGUGGUUUCUUGGUAUCCGCAUCCUCCGAGACCGUCAAAUAGGUGCAAUUUGGCUGUGUCAGGAUGCCUACCUAUCAGUAAUUACGCAUAAGUACCAUCUAACUGGAGAAAGAAGACUCGAAGCUCCUCCGGUUAACAUCGCCAAUCUUAAGCCCUUUGAUGGAAUGGCCACCAACGAACACCGAUUGGAGUACUCCUCCAAGGUAGGAUCUGCGCAGUAUGCCACCACUAUCACCAGACCGGACGUUACUAAGGUGAUCGCCUUUAUGUACCAGACUAGAGACCGCGCCAUCUGCUUUCGUAGAAGCACUAGUGAUUUGCCUAGUGUACAGUUCUGCAGCGAUGCCUCGUUCGGGGAUAAUCACGAUCGAAAGAGCUCUGGUGGAUAUCUUUGCAAAGUCUUCGGCGGACCGGUGGAUUGGAAGGCAGCGAAGCAAAAGACCGUUACAACGAGUACCACCGAAGCUGAAUUGCUGGCUAUCUCCGAAGCUGGCAAAUCCAUGCGUAUGUGGGAGCGGAUUUUCCAGAGGGUUAUAUUCAACCCGGGUCACCCUGUCUCAAUUCAAUGUGACAACAAGCAGACGAUCACCUUAUUGACUAAGGAAGCACCUCAUCUGCGCACUAAGCUUCGACAUAUCGACAUCUAUCAGCAUUGGCUUCGGCAAGAAGUGCAAGCCGGUAGGAUCCCAGUGGAUUGGGUCCCUACUGCAAAGAUGGAUGUAGACGGUCUUACCAAACUUCUUCCUCGUCAAAAGCAUGCCAGAUUUGUGAGGCAACUAGGCAUGGAGGACAUUAGAUAUCUCUUGGAGAGAUUGAACUGA